AUGGCGGGAGAAAGUGCAGAAAGCGCAAUAGCAAGCGAAACUUAUAGGCAGACGACAGUCUAUCAAGGAAGACUUGAGCCUACCGACGCCAAUGCACCAAAGUUUGAUGGGCGAAAUAUUACCGAAUUUCUGGAGGAAUAUUGCUUUGAGUGUGAUCGAGCGGUAACUUGGGCUGAUUUUCAAACGGAGCUUAAGAGCCUAUACGCAGGGCAGGACGAGAAUCGCAAGAGAGGCACCCGAGUGUUUAUCGAGAACUAUGUUCGAGAGGUC